CUUUGUUCGUCUAAUACGAGUCUCGAACCUCGAACCUCGCGACUGUUGCAAUCCAUGUCUGUAAUCUGAUGACAUGAGGGGCCGUGAUCUCCUGCUUCCUGCACUGACGGUCACACUGUGCCGGGCCAGUGAGACCUCAUUCAGCGUUAACGACGAUGUGUUUGCAUUUCCGCAGUACAAUGUCGAAUUCCUCAAGUCAUACAUCCUAGAAACCGACGCCAGGAGUCUACUCCAAGGUGACAGCGACGCGAACGAUUGGCAUGGCCAUGGCCGUACAGAACAAGAUGCCGCCGCCCAGGGAACAUCUGCACCAUGGUCCAGCGACGUGUCGCCCUUCCUCUCGAACCAGAAUCCGGGUUCUUUAGAAACUGACGACACCGAUCCCAAUCCCAACACCGACUCCCCCUCCAACUUACCAGGAACCUUCGAAAGACUCGUCCUCCAAGGUCGCUCUCACCUCUGCCACAUCCCUACAGUCGACCCGAUUUCGCCGAAUGAGACUGAAAAAAUGCCUUCAGCGGCUGAUCGAGAGAAAGAGCUAGAUCGUGCGGUGGCACGAGGGGCAGAAUUACUACAAGAUAUGACGUCGAAUCAGUGUCUGUAUUAUUCGACUGGCUGGUGGACGUAUUCGUUUUGUUACGAUUCGCAAAUCACACAGUUUCAUGCUUUGCCAUUGGGAGCGAAUGGGAGAUCGUGGCCGCCGCAGGAGGAUCCAGAGACGCCGAGUUAUGUUUUGGGGAAAUAUCAGAGACAACAGGAUAAGAAGGGGGCGGAACAGCAACAGCAGCAGCAUGAUCUACAGAAGGCGCCGAAACAGGAGCAGAAACGGAAUACGCAACCUUUUGGGUUGUCAACCGAGGUGCAAACGAAAGCAGAGACUAACUAUCUGGUCCAACGAUUAGAAGGGGGGACUCCAUGUGAUCUCACGGGGAAUGAUCGCAAGAUCGAGGUGCAGUUUCACUGUAAUCCGCAGUUGACUGAUCGGAUCGGAUGGAUCAAGGAGACGGCGACGUGUGCAUAUCUCAUGGUCAUCUACACUCCGAGGUUGUGUAAUGAUGUGGCAUUUCAACCGCCGAAGGAGAGUCGUGCCUUUCCUGUCACUUGUCGUGAGAUUGUGUCGGAAGAUGAGGUCUCUGCCUGGGAGGAUAGAUAUGAACAGGCUUCACACCGUCAAACGCUUGGACAAGGCGAGGGACAACAGAUUGUGCUGGGAAGGGUUGAGGUCGGAGCUAUGAAGCAUGUCGGGAGAGAGGGGAAGAAAUUAGAGAGAGGACGGAUUGUGCUGACGCGAGAUGAAAGGGCGGAAAUUGUGAUCAUGCAGAAAGAUGGAAAAGUGUCGAGCUUGUCCAAAGAACAGUUGAAGAAGCUCAAGAUUUCACCUGAAGAAAUUGACGCUUUCCGGAACGAGUUGCAGAGGGUGGCAGGAAACAAGGAUUGGAAGAUUGAGAAAUUGGAUGAUGUCCAUGGACAGACUCAAUUGAGAGGGGUGGUGUCGAAUGAUGCGAAUGAUAGAGAUGAUGAUGAUGGGGGAGAAAGGAAGGGGGAGGAUGCACAAGAACAGGAGCCCACAGACCAGGGCAAGCAGGAUAAUGCAGAGGAAGGAGAUGCAUUGAAGGAAGAAGAUACUCUGGGAAGUCAAGAAGAGUACGGAGAGGAUGGUUGAAGCAAAUCUGCAUGUGAUGCCUGUUGAUUCUGUCGUUGGCCUGCCAGUAUCUGUCAGGCACGGUGACAUGGAAUGGCCGAUCGAUGAGCCACGUGGGAAUCAUGCUCUCCCAAGUCGAUUGAUAAAUUCCAACUUGAAACUAUAGAGAUACCCAACUUAGGUUAUUAAGUACCUAACUUGAGGACGACUUCGGC